UGUGCAUGAGAUUAAUCGUCAAUCAUGUCACAUCAGUGAGAAGAUGCAAGUUGCAUAUUUGCAAUUGAGUCCAGUUGAUCUAUAUGCCUUUUUCCAUUACCACUGCUAACCCCUAAGAGACUCUUCAGAGUAAUCUCACAGUAUUGUUUCCAUAUGCUCAGCGUUCUGGUCACAGUCUGCAUAGAAAAGACUGAAAAAGCACACAAGCUUCUCUUUUAUUCAGUAUUGAGGACAUUUCAAGGAGACGUCAUACAGAUGGCAUUGGUGGUGUCCUAAGAACACUCACAAUACCUUGUCACCCCCAGGUGUACUUUUAGCUUUAUAGGGGUUGCUCGCCAUUAUUAUGGCUUCCACUCUCUCCACACGUUCUCUUUUGUAUGCUGUCAGCCUGUUGACAGCAGAGCUCCACUGUGAUUGGCCGGUUCCUCUGCUGGCAGGACUGUGGUCAUAUAAAAGCACAGGCAGAGCGGAAGGCUGCACUGCCACUGUAUGAGGAUUGCGCUCUGUGCUGAAGACACACUCUCCCUCUGUCACAUCUGUGUACUCACCACCGCAACUACAGUAUGUGUAAAGGUCUCGCGGCUUUGCCCGCAACCUGCUUGAAAAGCGCCAAGGACAUAAAACACCGCAUUGGGUUUCUUCUUCAAAAACCGGACCCUCCACCUGACCAGAAACCACUGAAGGAGAAGGCACCAGAGGUGAAACGUGUCGAACCUGCGGAUGUUGAGAAAUGGAAGUCAUCCUUCAACAAUGUGAUCAAUAAUGAAGUGGGCCAGGCGGCUUUCACAGCCUUUCUGAAGUCUGAAUUCAGUGAGGAGAACAUUCAGUUCUGGAGUGUCUGUGAAGACUACAAGAAAACCUCUGCAGACAAAAGACCUGUAAAAGCUUCAAAGAUAUUUAAUCAAUAUGUGGAGAUGGACUCCCCAAAUGAGGUCAAUUUGGAUUCAGCAACUCGAGAGGAGACCAGAAGAAACUUGUUGAGUGCUGACGCCACCUGUUUCGAUGAGGCCCAGAGUAAAAUUAUGCACCUGAUGGAGAAAGACUCAUACCGGCGUUUUCUGAAGUCAAAACUGUUCCUGGAACUGACCCAGGGCCCUGUUGGCAGCACACGCUGUGGUCUGGACAGAGGUGUGAAGAGAAACCUGUCUAACAGUAGCCAUCUCCUGCCUUUCUGUGCUUAGUUCUCAGAACUAAUAGCUCGACUGAUUAGCUCGAUUAUUUUCCGUCUUAGACUGCUACGCGCCCAGAACAUAGAGUAUUGAUAUUGUGUGCACAGUAUGUUACUGAUAGUGGAGGUCACAUUUCUUCCAUCUAAACUGAAAGUGAACUAAAAGUGAAGUCAAAGGAACUUUGUGUUGUAGAAUAGGGAUUGAAUCAUUGGUGAAGGGAGGAUUCAAACAAGUGAAUUAGUAGCAAAAUUUCACCUGUCCUUGGUCUAAUUUAUAUCUGAAGUCUUAUAUGCUAAAUUUGACUUCUUUACAAGCUAAUGAAUUGUGGUCUUUGUCCCCUGACAGGAUCUGUUAACAUGGUCAUGAGGGUUGUGCAAAUAGCUGGCCAACCUUCCACAAAUGGUUAAAAUAUAUUGUAAAGUCUUAAAGCCAUUGACUCUUAACUACCUCACUAAUUUCCAUUUUCUAAACAAAGAAUGGGAAGAGUCAGUCAAAACCUUUAGUUUCUAAUUUCCCUGCGUGUACAGAGAUAGCAACUAAAUAACUUGACUGAAUGUUGAGGACAAAGUUGUGGUUUACAAGAGAAUUGCGGUUACAUAUUUUCACUCACAUUAAAAAAAUAUCUAUA